AUGAAUCCUAUUGCCGCUGAAAAUGAUGGUCCACCAUCACCGAUUCUGCCCCCGGCACCACCGCCAACUGCUUUUCAAGAAGAGGAUUCAAAUGAGCAACAUGUUGGGGUUGCUUUGAACCAUCAAGAACUGGAACUGCCUCAAGAUCAACAAACUUCAAUCUCACUUCAUUUUCAAAUUGUUCGAAAACGAGAGUUUGGAAAUGAGCCAGAUGAAAAUGAACCUGAAGUCAAAAAAAUUGUAAUCUAUAUCAAUUCUAAUCCAACUUUUUGA